AUGACGACUAACCACCUUCGAAUUGGCCCGCUGGACUUUGUGCUCACCCUUGCCGUCGAGAACGAGAGCGCCUACGCAGCCGCCCGCGACAAAUACAUGCGGAAGUGGUAUCAGCAGUGGGAUCUAGAGGGAGGAGGAGGAGGAGGGCAUGGCCGCCUCGACGUCCUGCCCCGCCCCGAACACCAGUGUAUAAGGAAUGUCGUUCUGCACCACAUCAUCUCUAAGGGCGCCUUCGGUGUUGUGAUAGCUGGCGUGGAUAGGAGGUCUGGGGAUCCGAUAGCCUGCAAGAUCAUCUACUGCUGCGAUUGCGACAGCGGCGUUGUGAACAACGAGAUCGACAUCGCGUCCAGGAUCCCCGCGCAGACAUUCGCCUUCGAGACUGUGUAUCUCGUCAUGCCUUACGCGCCUUGGUCUUUCGACGGCAUGCCGUGGCAGGACGUGCCCCUGGCCACGAGGCUGUCGCUCUUUCGCCAGGUGCUGGAGGGGCUCCGGAACCUGCACGCCAGGGGCAUCAUGCACAGGGACAUUAGCCCCAGGAACCUGCUGGUCUUCUCACGGCAGCCGCCUCACGCCGCCAUCUGCGACUACGGCAAGUCCAAGGUCGGCACCAGGGGUAAGCUGGCGGCUCUCGGCCCUCCCGACUUCACGGCACCCGAAGUCGGGAGGCCCGAGGGCUACACUAGCGCCAUCGACAUAUUUAGCCUGGGGCUCUCCAUGCUGGCCACCUUUGGGCCGCGCGGCUGGACGGGGCCCAUGUCCAGCCCCGAGAACCACCGCGCCGUCCUCGAGCACGUAAUAGCCCUGCAGGGCCGCAUGCCCGACGGCCUGGGCGCUCUCCUCCGCUCCAUGCUAGCGUGGGACCCCGCCGACCGCCCGACGGCUGAGCAGGCUCUGGCGGAGCAGGUCUGGGAGCAGGUCGCCGGGGCGGCAGCACGGCCUGGCACCGCGGCUGCCGGGGCCCGGGGAGGUAAGGACAGCCAUGGGCACGGCCCGGGCGGUGGCAGCACGGCGGCGAGGCUAAGGCGGUCCGGCGGCAUGUCUCCGUCCGGCUCGCGCGGGGUGAGGAAGAGGAGAAGGCGGGGACCACCCAGCUCGGGCGGUUCCAAGGAGCAGGGGAUGACAAGCCUCCUGCAAAGCGGGUCCCUGCUAUCACCACCGCCUGUAUAG